GGAAUGUGAACACACACACUUGCCUCUGCUAGCGCAGUGUGUGUGUGUGUGUGUGUGUGCAGUGGCAGAGCAGCAGCACGGCUCAGACUGUACGGCUGGAGAGAAACGAGCCGGAUUAAAAAGGCUUUGCAAGGAACUGUGGGGUUUUGAUGGGUUUUGACGGGUUUUGCAAGGUUCUGCAGGGUUGUGCUUUGGGCAGCACUAGAACCUGAACUCAGGCUCCAUUUCUCUGGACCCCCACCUGCUCCAAAAACAUUUCAUUCCUCUGAUCGGUUUGGAAAUGGAGAUGAAGGACGACGGUGGGGUGAAGAUCGUGGGAUCUCUACAGGACUAACAGGAGGAAACGUCUCCAUUCUGCCUUCUGCAGGAUCUCCAUAGAGGACCAUGCGUUCUCCUUGGACUCGUUCUCCAACUGCAUUUCAGCCGGUCAACAGCACCUCCAGUCUCCUGGUAGAAUAGAGCAGAUGGCAUAACUCAGUCACGCUGGAUUGCCGGCGCAAGGCGGUUCUUCAAAGGUGCUUCUGCAGCAGGUAAGACAGGUGUGUAUCUUCACGCUGACUUGAGCCUGAAGGCUGUUCCUGUUCCGAAGGGUCGUCUUCUACAGCAGCCGGUCGGGAUGGGAUUCCACACAACCUUCUGACUUGUCACUUGGAAUCGCUGCUGACCAGCUGUGCACUGCAGGACAGCUCCUGACCGAAAAGCCUUCUAUGGGAUUCUACACGACUUUCUGAUUUCUGCCAAGCUGCCAACAAAAUGGGCAACAGUUUCUCCACCAUCACGGCCUUCCAGCCCCUGCACGUAGUGAUCCUGGGUCUGGACUCUGCAGGAAAGACCACGGUCCUCUACCGCCUCAAAUUCAACGAGUUCGUGAACACGGUCCCAACCAUAGGAUUCAAUGCGGAGCGCGUGCGACUGUCUGGCCGCGGGGUCACCUGCCACCUGUGGGAUGCCGGUGGCCACGAGAAGCUCCGGGCCCUUUGGAGACCUUACAGCCGUCGCACAGACGGCAUCGUCUACGUGGUGGACUCUGUGGACGUGGAGCGGCUGGAUGAGGCCCGGGCCGAGCUGCACAGAGUGGCCCGGUUCUCUGAGCACCAGGGGGCGCCACUGCUCAUCCUCGCCAACAAGCAGGACCUGCCAGGCUCGCUGUCAGCCACGGAGGUGGAACGGAGGCUGGACCUGCAGGACAUCAGCCCAGGGGCCGCCUACCAUGUCCAGCCGGCCUGCGCCAUCAUCGGAGAGGGACUGCACGAGGGCAUGGACAAGCUGUGUGAAAUGAUCGUCAAGAGGAGGAAAAGCAUGAAGCAGAAGAAGAGGCGGUGAUGAGGGGACGCGGUGUGUGUGGAACCGUUAUGCUACCUGUCAAAAGCUCUCGUCUUCUUCUAGAAAAUGGACAUUUUCUCACUUUUGGACUGUAGCAAAAACAGUAGUUACCUUCUUGAGGCCUGAACUUUGUCCAUACUUUUGUCAAAAGACCGCUCCAUGUUCCACGUUCCACCUACUGCAGCUACACUCCUAAAAAAGGUGCCACAAAGGGUUCUUCGAGCAAUGCCUUAGAGGAACCGCUAAUGGAUCCCCAAGGAAUGAGCCAGUGAAAGGGUCUUUAUGCAGUACACAAAUCAUGUAAAGUAGAGAUAGUCCCAAGGUAAAAUAUUACUCCAGUAAAAGUAGAAGUUCCUCCCUUUAGACCUCCACUUGAGUAAAAGUAC